GGUUCACCUACACCUCCUAUCAUUGAAAACCAAGAGCAGGAAAUAUCGUAUCCUAAUUUGUCCAUAUCAUGGAGUUCUGGUGAUACUAGCGGCUGUCCAGUUACUAUGCACACAGUGUACUACAAGUCCAUCAAACUGCGAGAGGAGGGAAAUACUUGGAAUCGUAUCAAUGCCUCUUCGAGUACGAGAGAGCUAAGUGCCCUACCACUUGAUUGUGACACAGAAUAUGAAUUAAGAGUGUCUGCAUGGAAUGAAAUGGGUGAAAGUAACCGCUCAGAGUCGUGGAAAGUGAAAUCCAUUACAGGUAUUCACAUCAAUUUUUUUUUCUCAUUCUAUUUUUGCCGUGAUGAUCUCAAAACGAUUGUUAUCAGUUACAAAAAUCAUUGAGCUCAACCACAACAUAUCCAAUGUAAAAAAGGCUAGCUUGUGAGGCCUGGAAGACAGAGCCGUGGAAAACUCACCACCACUCAAUUUUCAAUUGAAAAGUAGACGACUGGCUGUACAAUCCGUCGGUCAGAUGAACGACAAUACACAAGAGGGUGGUAAAGACGAUUCUGUCUUGCGCCUUUCUAUUUUCACCCUUAACCUUUCCAAAUUUGGUCGUUGUCUUUCCCGUCCAACCCUUUGUUACACUCACAAUUCGAGAUUGACAAACUCCUUUUUUUGCUUUUUUUUGGUUCUGUUUGUUAGUCUGUAUAUUUUUUAGUUUACUUGUUUGUUUGCUUUUUUUCCUUCUUCUUUUCUUAGGGUACCCAAUCAUUGUCAACAGGACCAACCAAGUGGUAGGGAGUCUGGUGGCGAUCCGUUGGAAGCCAUGCACUGCUUCUUUAUUCACCAUAUACCACAGAGAAAUACUUCCAGAGGGUAAAAGCCUCUGGAACGCAGUGAACGUGUCGGGAAAUGAAACAAGUUAUGAUCUUCAUCUCAGAUGCCGAAGGGACUAUGAAAUAGCUAUAACAGCUUGGAAUUCUACAACAGAGACGCCGCUGAUUGCAUCACUAAAUCACAGAAGACUGUGGAGCGUUAGGACCUUGGGAGGUAACUGCACUCAUGCUCCAUAUAAAACUCCUAAAAAAGACGUAAAUUUGCUUAAGAAAUAUCUUUCGAUGCUGGUGAGAUAUUUUCAUUGUCCAGUAGCUAUGUGUGUUUUCAUUCCUAGUGUCUUCAAUGAGUAAGACAAGUACCGCAGAUAUACACUUUUUGGUUGUUUACAGUACAUAGUAGAAGCUUCUUACUGAGCCAGAAACGUAUGGUUUGGUCAAGGGAAGUAGCUGAAAUCUCGUUGUCGUAUUGAUAUUAUUUCGUUGGCCGUCUGAGACAAUUUGGAGUAUAUCUAUUAAUUACGUAUUUUGUUUUAGUAGUUUAGACCACGAGGAAAUGUUUGACCACUUUACCUAAGCGAGAGUGAGGUCAUGUUUUUACAAAUGCUUCUAGCAGGCUUUUGCUAAAGUGUUAUCGUUCCAUAUGGCCCCAGGUAAACCGUCAUCCCCGAUUAUAGACGGCAGAGGUGUUCAGUUGUCCGGUUGUGAUGUGAGCCUCAGAUGGAAUUCCCCACCAGAUAACGGCUGUCCGCUGACCUUGUACACAGUAUACUACAGAGAGGUGCAAUCUACAAGCGAAGAUGGCUACUGGCAUCAAAUCAAUGUUACCGUAAAUGUUACCUCAGUGGAUCUCCCCUCGCUCAAGUGUAACACGGAAUACGCUUUUAAGGUAUCUGCUUGGAAUGACUUGGGCGAAAGUGAGGCCGCAGAGAGGUUGGAAAAAACCGUACAGAUGACUAAUUUUAUUGGACGCAUCCUGACCAUUGCUGUACCUGUAGGAUGCGGGUUCCUCAUUCUCAUUACUGCGGGAAUCCUUUGCUUCAGACAGAGACGAAAAAAGAGAAAAUUGCAAGGUCUGAGGAGUCGCAGGUUGGGAGUAGGUUUAUCUCUAGAAAUUUUUAAGCUAACGCAGUCCUGACGUGAAAGCUAGGAUUGAGCGAAUACAAGCACUCUUAAAGAGUAACUAGUGUUAUACACUAAUCCUUUUCCCCAUAUAGUUGCAUUCAAAGCAUUCGUCAAGGCUAGAAUCGAAGUCUUGUGCACAUGGUAACAUUCAUUUGACAUGCCGUUCCCAUGCGUAAAAGUCUUGAGCUGCUUCCUUAAUGCUUGAUGUAUACGAGUAUGUUUGAUAUUUUAACAAACAAAAAGAAAAAAUCCCUACAAUAUUUCUGUAGAUCGAAGUCAGACAUUGUUCCCCUGCUGUUAAAAGAGAUUUCCCCGGAACGUGUCACAAUUAUGGAAGAGCUAGGCAGGGGAGCAUUUGGAAAAGUACACAAAGGAAUCCUGAAAGAAAUGCCGAAGGUUGAGGUAUUUUUUAAGCCAAAAGAGGAAAGAGUGGAUUUUAAUGAAGGAAGAGUUGUCGCUGUAAAACUCUUGCAUAGUAAGUACAAAUUGAUAUAUUCGGUUUUUGUGACAGUACGAAUGCAACAUGAACACUUAUUGUCCUGUUCAAAAUUAACUUUAUUAAAUCGAAGUGUAUGGUUAUCCUUACCGACCGCUUUUUUUUCUUUUUUUUGUAUGAAACUUACAACUGUGGAGCCCCUGAUCGACACACACACACACUCAAACGAUUUGCCUAAGAAACAAAGACUCAGAGUAAAAAUGUGAUGUUCGUUUUACGAAAAUAGAAUUUGGCUCAUAAGUUACAAAGACUAUUAAGAUUAGUUUAAAUUUUGGAAGGAUCAGUGAAUUACUGGUUUGAUUUGUGACAAUGACUGUCCAAUUGACAAUUUCAUUCUUAUCUGUGUUAGAUACUUAAUGAUAAUUAGGUAAUGAUAAACUUCAGAAAUGUAGUGAGCCGAACUCUUUUUUUUUUACUUGCUGUUUUACCACUUCCCUUUCAGAAAGAGGCGAUGUAGAUGAGAAAGAACAGUUUCUCAGAGAAAUUUCGUUUGUGCAGCGUAUAGGUAGUCACAGGAAUUUGGUAAGCAUGAUUGGCUACUGGCACAGAUCAGAACCCAUAAUGCUGAUCAUGGAAUAUGUUCCACAUGGAGAUCUUCUUCAGUGGCUGAGAAACAAAAGGCAGCAGGUAAAACUGUUUUGCAGACUUAGAACUUUGGUAAAAAAUAUUGAUCAAAUGGAGGGUUAAUUUGCUGCCAAACAAAUUGGAGUGGGUAACAAAAGGUUAUAAGUCUUUUAACUUUGGGAUAAAAAAUGGCGAUCCAUAAACAUGGAGUCCUUAGGAGGUACCCAUUUCAAAGAAUACAUUUCUUUUUUUCUCUCAUGAAAGAGCUUUAGCAAAUGCUAAAUUGAAAUUUCUCACUCGUAAUCGCUGAUGAUGCCGGUCAGAAAAAAAUAAUUGAAUUGUUCAGGUUUGGGUUAUUUUUCUAGAUAUGCUCUCAAACUAAAAGAUCCAUGGAGUUGUUUACAUGAGACAUUCUAAUAAUUUUAGGUCAAAUGUAGAAACGGCAUCGAUGGUGUUAUUUUUGAAUCCAUGGACGAUUAUAAAGACAGCAGUGCAAGUUCAAAAGAAGCUGUCUCAGCUGAUCAGUCAGAGGACGUCGUAGACUUUCACGACGAUUUCAGUAAUGGAACGGAACUGACGAGUGUGGCGGAAUUUACCGAAGCUACCAGCAACCCAGAUUUCAUUUCAGUUAUUAUUAAAGAACAACCGCCCACAGAAGAGGAAAGUACUGACACAGAAACAAUACAAAUGAAAAUUUCCCAAGCUCAUUUUCCGUCUGGCCACGAAGAAGGGAAUCUCGCUACUCCAUUUAAAAGUGCACGCCCCCUGCCACAGCCACCAGAGAACACAGAGGAACAACAGGAAACGAAUGGUGAUGGUGAGCAGGCGGUUGACUUCACCGUAAAAGAUGUACUUUGUUUUGCAUGGCAGAUAGCAAAUGGAAUGGUAAGUGCUUAAAUUUAAAAAUAUCUGUGAUUAUUGAACUGAAUAUUACACGCAAACAUUUUCCCCAGUCUAGGAAAUAAACUUUCUUCUUAACAUCCUAACGCCGAGCUCAUGUUACAUGAAAAAAAAAAUAACAAAAAAAGUCAUUCCAUGAAAAUAAGGUGGACAGAAAGUCAGUUAAACGUGCUGCUUGUAACUCAGAGACAAUAAAAUUUUAAACCUUGGAAAAAUGCUUAAACAGAUCUUUAACUACAUGCUGCAUAAAAGCGUCAAAUGAUUAAUGAUACACGCCAACAGUCUACUUUUAUCAUCAUCAAUUUUACUGAUAGAUCUGUUAUCUGACAGCUAGAGAUGAAUUGCUAUCGGUUUAUUAGUGCUCUCCUUUUCACCAACGAGCGAAUAGCAAUGAAAGAAAGAAAUGGACGCGCAGGCUAACUGCAUAAUUUGGAAUUGUUUUGGGUUUCUAUAUAAACAGGAGUACUUGGCCAGCAACGGAUUUGUUCAUCGUGAUCUGGCCGCUCGUAACAUCCUUCUUGGUGAGGACAGAGCUGUGAAAAUUGCUGACUUUGGCCUGUUACGUCACACAUACGGGGACAUAUAUGAUGUAAAGAACACGAAGAAACUGCCAAUCAAAUGGAUGGCACCUGAGUCAUUCGGCGACGGCAUAUUUACAUCUAAAAGUGACGUGUGAGUACUAAACGUUCUUAAACUACUCAGAACAAGAUCUAAUUUAUUAUCUUUUUUCCCGCUCAAUUAUGUUUUCAAUGCUUGUCAGUGAAACGAGAACAUCAACUGACACCCUUUGAUACUACGGUACUUUAAGACCAGACUACCUCUCUCAUUAAACUAAACUAUUGUCUGAUGGUAGCUGUUUUCAAUUGAUUUCCGAGGCACCAUUAGUGCGAAAUUACUUCAAAUAAUCAUUUUCGUCUUCUUUCCUUCGGUAGGUGGUCUUUCGGUAUACUUAUUUGGGAAUUGUGCACAUUGGGUGAGUAAUAACGUCUGAUUCAUAACUACAGAAGUAUAGAUCGUUUCUUCUCGAAAUGGCAUUUUAUAGUAAGCAUUCUGAAUUUGAAGGCAAGAUCUGUCCAAUGGAUUAUGAUUGUCUUGACUGGCUCAGAGCCUUGUCCCAGUCCGUCCCAAAAAGGGCACCUGAUUUAUUCCCAGAUUUCAUCUCCAAAGAAUACCUUUAACUGUACCAAAUCAGGGACGGAGGACUGAUCGGACAUGCUCUCGGACCCCGAUAGACGCCCUCAACUACAAUGCUCGUAUUUCGUUUGUAUAUAAAUUCGUUUCAGCAGCUAAACAUCUUUUUUCCAUCUGUGGAGUAUCUUACGUAAAAGCCAGCGCCACUUGAGUGGUUUAAUCACUAGUGUUUUAACACGUUAGACUUAAGGUCAUGUAGCUGUGAGGCUUUUUUUAAUGAAGGAAAAAGGGGGCUCAAAGGAAGGAAUACUUUAGAUCAACUGACUUUUGAAGUGCAAAUUACUUGUUAUUUUGUAGCCCUCAGAAACUCAAUACUUCUAGUUUCAAGGGUUCUUAUUUUAGCUUAGUUUUUGAAAAUUAUCUUAGUUAAAGACUAUUUUUUGCCGUCUUCAAAAUGAAUCUGUAUCCAAGGUGGCAUCCCCUACCCUGGAAUACGCAACAGAGAGUUGUACAACCUUCUUAAGUCAGGAUAUCGAAUGGACAAACCAGGAUUAUGUUCUGAUGAGCUGUACGUUCAACAAUAUUUUUCACCUAUUCUAUCAACGAACAAAUAAUUUACGUGUGUGAUACUCCCCCCUCACCAAGAAACUCUUUGUUAAGUUCGCCUAUCUCAACUGCGUGACUUAAUCCUUCUAGAAGUCAUCUGUAAGGUUUUGUUUUAACUUGCGGUCUAGCACUAAUAAAUUUAAUAAUCAAGAAAAUGCAACUCAGCCAUUAUGCUUUUUUCUAAGAAAACAGACAAUUGUGGGAAGGAAUUAAAAGGCCAUUAUACCGUGCCCAGAACCUCGACGCCGCUGAGUAAAAGUAAUCUUAAGGGGAGAAUUUAUCAUUUCUUGAGAGGAGUAUGUCGUUCACACGUACCGUUUCUCAGUGAACUGAUUUGUCUUGUCGGGACAACUGUUUGGUACAACUAUUAAAACGCUUUUACUGUGCAAAUUGUUUUAAAGCCCACAUGACUUCCUACUUGUACUUUAGUCGGGAUUGUUUGGGAAAACAGUAACUGAAUUAAAAAAUUAUCACUUAAUAGUUGUUAUUCCUCUGUUUAUAUCCGAAUACAUUAUAUAACCACAGAUACGAGUUGAUGUUAGACUGUUGGAAGGCAGACCCGGAGGAGAGACCAUCAUUUGAACAGCUGCUAAAAAGAAUGGAAGAAAUGAUGACGAGGGACGCUCCUUACUUCGAUUUUAAUAAA